GGGCGGGACCUCUCGGCGUGAGGCGGCCGUGCCGGGCGGGCAGCGGCGCAGGUCCGGCCGUUUCUAUGGCCGCCGCCGCCGCCGCCUCGCCGUCGGACAAGGAGAGAUUUAUCUGCAUUUAUCCAGCAUAUUUAAACAACAAGAAGACAAUAGCAGAAGGAAGAAGGAUACCUAUAGACAAAGCUGUUGAAAAUCCCACAUCCACAGAAAUCCAAGAUGUGUGUGCAGCAGUUGGAUUCAACGUGCUACUAGAGAAAAAUAAGAUGUAUCCCAGAGAGUGGAACCGCGAUGUGCAGUACAGGGGUAGAGUACGAAUUCAGCUCAAACAAGAUGAUGGCAACCCAUGUUUACCUCAGUUCCCAACACGUAAAUCAGUGAUGCUAUAUGCCGCGGAAACCAUUCCCAAACUGAAAACAAGAACCCAAAAGAUGGGAAGUAGCGAUCAAAGUCUACAGCAAGGAGAGGGAGGCAAGAAAGGGAAAGGGAAGAAAAAGAAAUGAUCCCACAUCUGGAGGAAUUGUAACAUCAAAUAGUUGUAGGUAUGGCAGACAUGGAUGGACACGUUACCCUACUGCAACUUUGAAGUGAAAGAUACAGGAAAGAAAGAAACAGGUCAACCCAAAUUGAACUGCUGGCUUAUUUUGGAACUGGAAUGCAUGUACCUGCUUUGCAUCUGUAACAAUAAAUCUAUCUUCACACACAACCUGCAAGUCUGAAGCUAGCAUCCAGUUUUAAAAAUGGAGCAAUAUAAGCAAGUCAUUUGGAGGGGAGAAAUAUUUUUUCCAAAAGAAAUAUGCAGCUUUUUAAAAAAUAAUUGUAAAAUCUUAUGCAGACUAGAUAGGCAAAUGCUUUUCAGCUUGGUUAACCAUUUAUCUUUGCUAUUAAGGUGACAGUCUUGUUUCUGGAGGGUCUGUAUCACCAACUACAAAACGUACAUCAGUGACUUUGUAAACUUCCUUGCUAAUCAUCUUUCACAAUUGUCAGUAUACUAAUAAAGGUGGCACGUGAAUUUUGAAAAACUU